GGGCCGAUAGAAGAUGUCAGAUUAGAGCAGCACAGGUCCUAGUAGAUCGACGGUAACGAAGCAAGCAAUCCGAUUGCUACUUGAAUGGCCACGCGAGAGGUCAGUGGACGAGAAAGUGCUUGUGGUCGGCACAUGCCAUUGUACUUAGAGUCCUCGGGAGACGUGGGAGGUACCUGUAUUCGAAGAGAGAGAAAGAGAGGUCGAGGGAGAGUGGGAAGACUUCUAUGGGUCUGGGUCUUCUUCGCCCAUUAUGGCUCGAAUCUCUCUGUCUUCGGAAUCGAAAGAGAAGAGAUCAAGAUGGAAGAAAACAUGCUCUCUCGCUCACUCUGUCUCCGCAACGUCAACAACGAGCCCCUCACCAACAGACCAACCACCCAACCCCCCAGUCUUGCCUGCAUUGUUCUCUCACAACACAACCCAACCCCAACCAUCCUCCAACUACUAUCAACUACCACUACUACCGCUACCACUGCCAUCACUCUCAGAUUCACACAAACCACACUCCAACUCCCCCGCCUAUCCCAUUCCGCCGAAGCCCGCCCGCCCCCGCUCCCCGCCAUCAUCGUUCGAAAGUAUCAAACUCGAUAACAACCCCCCGUACCGUUGGCUACAUACCAGUGUCGGUCGCACCUUGUUCGCGUCAGUUGCCCCGCCAUCACCCACCACCAUCCCCGCUACCUUGCUUCCCUCCCCUCCAUCACCGUCAUCAACUCCGUAUCAUUUGCAUGCUGCUCUCGUUCCCACACAUUUCGAGAGAAAGCGUGUCAAAGGAUUGCGGUCCCUCUUCUGAUGCCCUUCAGCCCCCGAGUUCCUUACACGUACUGAAAGCAAAUAACUAGCUCCACAACUACCCCCCUCCCCCCGAUAACGGCCUAGCUGCGUAUUGACACCAACCAUCUCUACCUCGCAUUUCAUAUUCCGUCGAAUAUGGAUGCCCAAAACUCAAGCGAUGAGCUCUACCCCAUAGCCGUCUUGAUCGAUGAACUAAAGGUUGG